UCACUUCUCUUACAUCAAACAACAACACGCUUGGGUUAAGUGGUUAACCUCAUCAGUACUUCACUUCAAACUCUCUCUGAGAUCGAUUCUUACCAGACUUGUUUUCUUUUUUCUUUUGAUCCAAAUUUAACAAAAAUAAUUAAAAUAUGGAUCGCAGUUUCGUCCUAACAGUUACAUUGAUCUGCAUUGUCUUCGUCGGUGUCGGUGGCCAAUCUCCGAUCUCAUCUCCCACCACUCCUUCUGCUCCUACUACUUCUCCUACUAAAUCCCCCGCAGUUACUUCUCCUACUAAAUCCCCCGCAGUUACUUCUCCUACUAAAUCCCCCGCCGUUACUUCUCCCUCGGCUUCUCCGGCUAAAACACCGUCUUCUUUACCAGUCGAAGCACCGAAAUCUCCUGCUCCCGUAAGCUCAUCUCCGCCACCGACACCUGUUCCCGAGAGCUCUCCUCCGGCUCCUGCACCAAAAGCUUCUUCUCCGGUGAGCUCUCCACCCGUUCCAGCACCAGUAGCUGAUUCUCCUCCAGCUCCUGUAGCCGCUCCAGUAGCUGAUUCUCCUCCGGCUCCGGUAGCUGCUCCAGUUGCUGCUGAUGUACCGGCUCCUGCUCCAAGCAAGCACAAGAAGACUGCCAAGAAGUCUAAAAAGCACCAAAACGCACCUGCUCCGGCUCCAGAACUUCUCGGUCCUCCUGCACCACCGGCGGAAGCUCCCGGACCUAACUCCGACGCUUUUUCUCCCGGUCCUUCCACAUCUGCCGACGAUCAGAGCGGAGCAGAGAGCACAAGGGCACUGAGGAAUGUAGCGGUGGGAGCGUUUGCAACCGCGUGGGCCGUUCUCGUCAUGGCAUUCUAAAAUUAUUUAUCUUUUCACCCCUAAAUUCUUUUAGUUUUUAUCUUUUUGACCCUACCAUUGUCUGUUUCUUUUACGAAUUUGUGGUAUUGAGUACUAUUAUUUAAUUGAUUAUACAGUUUGUUUUUCUUUUAUUUUAAUUUAUUAUGGAAAUAAUAAGGAAUUCAUAUC